AUGGCCACUACUAACAAUGUGACUGAAUUAAUUUUCACUGGCCUUUUCCAGGAUCCAGAGGUGCAAAUAGUGUGCUUUGUGGUCUUUCUUCCGGUGUAUCUGGCUACAGUGGUGGGCAAUGGUCUCAUUGUUGUGACUGUCAGUGUCAGGAAGAGUCUGCAUUCCCCCAUGUACAUCUUCCUCAGCUACCUGUCCUUGGUGGAAGUCUGUUACUCCUCUACUAUUGUCCCUAAAUUCAUCACUGACUUACUUGUCAAGAUUAAAACCAUCUCUCUAAAGGGCUGUCUGGCUCAGAUAUUCUUCUCUCAUUUCCUUGGGGUUGCUGAGAUCCUUUUGCUUGUGGUGAUGGCCUAUGACCGCUAUGUGGCCAUCUGCAAGCCCCUUCAUUAUAUGAACAUUAUGAGUUGCCAAUGGUGUCACAUGCUGGUGGCUGGUUCUUGGCUGGGGGGCUUUGUUCACUCCAUAAUUCAGGUUCUCAUCACCAUUCCCUUGCCCUUCUGUGGUCCCAAUGUAAUUGACCAUUAUUUCUGCGACCUCCAUCCAUUAUUCAAGCUUGCUUGCACUGACACUUUUGUGGAGGGGGUUAUUGUGUUGGUCAACAGUGGGCUAAUUUCUAUCUUCUCCCUCCUCCUCUUGGUCUCCUCCUAUGUCAUCAUCCUGUUCAGCUUGAGGAACCAUUCUGCAGAGGGGAGGCGCAAGGCCCUGUCUACCUGUGCCUCUCACAUCACAGUGGUCAUCUUGUUCUUUGGACCUGCCACCUUCAUCUACAUGAGACCUUCCUCCACCUUCACUGUGGACAAACUUGUUGCUGUGUUUUACACAGUCAUCACCCCCAUGCUGAACCCCAUAAUCUACACUCUCAGAAAUGCAGAGGUGAAAAAUGCCAUGAGGAAGUUGUGGGUCAAAAAGCAGAACUCAGUGAUGGAAAAGUGA